AGCGCAGCAUGAAAGCAGUGGGAAACAGAAACAUUAUGGCUGCCACUCUGUCUCUUACUCAGCUCUCCAGUGGAAAUCCCAUCUAUGACAAGUAUUAUCGGCAGGUUGAUCCGACUGGCAGUGGGCGGGUGGCAGCAGCAGAUGCUGCUCUGUUCCUGAAGAGGUCAGGCUUGGCUGACUUAGUCCUGGGGAAGGUCUGGGAUUUGGCAGACUCAGAACGUAAAGGUGCUCUUAACAAACAGCAAUUCUUCAUAGCCUUGCGGUUGGUGGCCUGUGCUCAAAAUGGACUGGAGGUGGCACUCAAGAGCCUUAAUGUGGCUGUUCCUCCACCCAAAUUUCAUGACACAAGCAGCCCGCUGUUAGCAGGAGGAGUGGCGGGUGACAUCCACUGGGUUGUCAAGCCUGAAGAGAAAAUUAAGUUUGACUCCAUCUUUGAAAGUCUGGGUCCAGUCGGAGGGAUUCUAACAGGAGACAAAGUCAAGCCCGUCUUGCUAAACUCCAAACUGCCAGUGGACAUCCUAGGCAGGGUUUGGGAGCUCAGUGACCUCGACAGAGAUGGCAUGUUGGACAAAGAUGAAUUUUCUGUGGCGAUGUAUCUGGUGUACAGAGCACUGGAGGGGGAGCCUGUCCCCAUGUCCCUACCACCUCCUCUGGUUCCACCCUCAAAGAGGAAAAAACCCUCUGUGCCUCCUGUGAUGCCCCUCUUACCCUCGCCCCCCUCAGUCAAAGACAGUCGCUCCUCCCACUCCUGCCCUAAGACCAUCCCCCCACCCCCUAAACCUGCCCCAGCUCCUGCUCCUGCCCCAGCUCCUGUCCCAAAACCAGCAGCUGCCCCUUGGGUGGUGUCACCAGCAGACAAAGCUAAAUAUGAUGAGUUAUUCAGCAAGACAGACAGUGACAUGGACGGACUUGUAUCUGGACCUGAAGUGAGAGACAUUUUCCUAAAGACUGGGCUGCCCUCUGCCACACUAGCACGUAUCUGGGAGCUUUGUGACAUUGGAGACAUUGGGAAACUGACGCGCGAGCAAUUUGCCCUGGCACUUUAUCUGAUCAAUCAGAAGCUGACUAAAGGCCACGAUCCUCCUCAGAGUCUCUCCCCAGAGAUGAUCCCUCCAUCUGACAGACUCAACAUUAAACAGAACAACUUGGCUAAUCUGGCAGCCGACUUCUCGGCCAUCAAAGAGCUGGACUCUCUCAGUAACGAGAUUGUUGAACUACAAAGGGAGAAGAUCACUGUGGAAGAGGAGAUAAAGGAGAAAGAGGAGGCCAUCAGACAGCGCAGCACCGAAGUGCAGGACUUACAGGAUGAGGUUGCAAGGGAGACUGAGGACCUGCAGCGGCUCCAGACACAGCGUCAGAAGGUCCAGGAUGCCUUGGACGAGCUGGACCAGCAGAAAGGAUCCCUGGAGGAGCAGCUGUCUCAUAUCCGCCAGCAGACCAGCCAAGAGACCCAACUGAUUUCAUCACUACAGUCAGAGCAUGAGGAGCAGGAGCAGAGGAUAUGUCAGUAUGAGGAGGAGCUGGUUCAGGCCAGAGAGGAGCUCCUUGCUCUGCAGGAGGAGAGCAGGAGGCUGCAGGAGAAGGUCCAGGCUGCUCAGGAGCAGCUCACCCCUCUGAAAGACUCUGUACGAGACUCCUUUACACAAGUUUCACAGGUUCAGCAGAAACUGAACGACCUCCAGGUGGAGGAGAGGUCAGUGACUGCUCAGCUCAGUUGGAAGAGGGCCCUAGAGGAUAGCUCUCCUGUCAUGAUGAAUGGAUCAGCAGGCCCCUCCGCAGACCUGCACCGGAUGGACCCCUUCCAGCAGGACCUCUUCCAGGAGGACGAGCCUAAAAAGCUAAAGGAAGAAGAUCCAGCUAAUCUCUGGAUUCAGCAGACAGAACCUUCACAACAAAAGGAGAAAGAAGAAGAAAAAGAGAGAGACGAGGAAGACGAGAAGGAGGACAAGAGUCCAAAGACACCAGAGGAAGACAAGCAGAAACCUGAUCCCCUAGAUGAUUUGUAUACUAGUUUAGCCUCAUCUGAGUUAUGCAAUAAUGUCUCACCCCCCACAAAGUCCCCGGAGAACACUAUGGAGGAACAAAGUAGUCAUACUCCCGACGUCUCCUCUGAGGUAACAGAUGAUGCAGAGGAGUCUCCUAAAGAGAGCUCUCCAAAGGUGUCAUCACCAGAACCAGAGAGGAAACAGGAGCCAGCUGAGUUCACAGAAACCACCUCCUCUUCUUUACCCCCUCAAAUCGUCCCGCGUUCUCAGCCGCCUCAGACAAACCCUCCCUCCCUGCCUGAGAUGGACUUCUUUCAUUCAGACCCUUUUACUGACCAUGAUCCAUUCAAAGAUGAUCCAUUUGGAAAAGCUGAAGCAGCUGACCCAUUUGGAGGAGAUCCAUUCAAAGGGUCUGACCCCUUUGCUGCAGACUCUUUCUUCAAACAGACCCCCAGUGCCCCCUUCUCCUCAGACGACCCCUUCUCUGCCUCAGCUGACCCAUUUGGUACUACUACUGGAAUCCCAGAACCAGAUCUGUUUGCAUCCCGGCCGAGUGACUCAGCUCCUGCACCAGCAGCAGAUCCAGAUCCCUUUGCCUCCAAACCUACAAAUCCAGCAUCGGCAGCCAAGGAUCCAUUCAGCUCUUCAGGGAACAAUAUGGCGAACUCUGAUAUGUUUGCAGGCAAAAUGAACGCCACCGUGGAGGAGGAUCCAUUUGGUUCUCAGGAUGGAGGGACAGAUCCGUUCAGUUGCUCUUCACCAAACUCUGAACUGGCUGUGAAGGACUCUGCUGCAUCCAAUGACCCGUUUGCUCCUGGUGGUACUACAGUCAGCACAAACUCAGAUCCAGAUCCAUUUGCUGCUGUGUUUGGUAACGAGUCCUUUGGAGGAGGCUUUGCAGACUUCAGUGCCUUGACAAAGUCAAAUGGUUCUGACCAGUUUGGCAUCAACAAUAAGAACCUGUUUCAGGACGAAGGUCAGUCUGCAGGCCCUGACGUCCCCCCAGCCCUGCCCCCCAAAACUGGUACGCCAACUAGACCACCUCCUCCACCUCCAGCUAAGAGAUUGUCCAUCUCCAGAACCGAGUCCUCUGACUCCUUCCAGCGACGAGGGCACUUCCCCCCGCAGCCUUCAGGAGACUUCUCCUCCUCAUCCUCCUCCUCUUCCCUGCCUGUUAAGGAUCCUUUAGCCGACCCCUUCGCCCCCUCCUCCCCACCUCGCCACAACGCACGGGAAGCUGACCGAUUUGCCAGCUUUGACAAAAAACAGUAUCCUACAGAAGAAGACAUGAUAGAGUGGGCAAAGCGCGAGAGCGAGCGAGAGGAAAAGGAGCGUCUUGCCAGGCUCACCCAGCAGGAACAAGAGGACCUGGAGCUGGCCAUCGCACUCAGCAAGUCGGAACUCUCCUGAAAAACGUAUUACCCCGCCCCUUCUCUGGCCCGGCACGGCACGGCACAGCACGGCCCAGCCUGGACCAGCCCAGAAAGCACCAAAGCAAAUUGGGGACUGUAUAGGACUGAUUCAGCAGCACUUGCUGACCCCAUAAAAGAGACCUCCUUUCAACAAACCCAUGUCUGAAUCUUUCAACACCCAUUUCUCCAGACUGUGUUCCUUGUUCGUGGCGGUGUCCUGUAAUUACAUCCUGUCGGUCUCUUUGUUGGCAGAAGAGGACCAAGACUAGAAAAAAAAAAAUAGUACAAAUGUAACGCAGUGAAUACAGAUGAGAGAUUAACAAAUGUAAAAAUUGUCGAUUUCAACCCCAGGUUACAAAUCAUGCAUUAACCUUAUAGAAUGUAAUUUAUUGAAACUUGCACUUGAGUCUAGAUAGAAAUCAAAAGAAGUCCUGUCUGUAUCCACUAACAGAACUCGCCCAUUCUAUAAAAGCUCUGCUCUGUCCUCUGAGGUAACAUUGAAAUAUUCAUAAGAUCACUUUAAUUAAAAAUAGGCUUGGUUGUUUUGUAGAGCCCCAAAAUAUCCUAGAGGGAGAAGUGCUUUUUUGGAGGAACUGUAACUCCGACUGCAAAUUUAGUGCCCGUGUACUUCGUCAUCCCAGUUUCUUUCUUUAUUAUGUCAUUGUUUCUAAUCACUCAUGUCUUUAUUUUACAGGUUUUUUUUAGAUACUAAAUGGAACAAAACUACACGUAUACCAUUAGUUAGCAUUAAAAGUCAGGGUACACUACAAGGGAUUGCACAAUAUCAUAACAGCUUUAACAAAAUCCAACAUUUGUUAUGUGAGAAAAUAAUGUUCUUAUUACCAAAAUACUUUUUACCUUGAAGAACUUCUGAUUACUGAGACAUUAUUUGAAGGUUGUCUGAGAUUAAAGAAUGUAUUAUUUUUGCAGAAAUGUGGCGAGUUUGAACAUGAGCAGAGAAACAUGAGAUCAAAAAUAGAAAAUGUUGUCAGAGAUGAAAGUCUCAGAAUAGGGGGGGGAGAUUUGUACCACAAGGGGUUUGUCUAGCAUGGCUGAUGAAAGGAACUUUGUUUGUAGUAUUGUUAAUAUUGAUUGAUAGAUACCUCACCCCCUACUACUUGAAGGUCAAAGGAUCUUAUUUGUCAGUCUCCCAAUACAGCGUCUGUCUGAUUAACACUUGGAUACUGCUUGUGUCUUCUUUUUUCUUUUGUAAUGAGAGUUCUUAGAAAGUCAACUUCUUCAAGUAGGAAACAUUCAUUUCACAAUUGAAAAUAAGAUCCCAUUUCAAAGUGAGCCACUGUUGGUGCUUUUUUUUUUUUUGUGAGCAUUUGUAUCAACUUUUAAUUUGUGUUUGUUCAGAUUCUUCAACUUCUGUUUACAACAAGUGCAAGUUGAUCAGCUUCUCUGCGUUCCCAGGGGAGCACUUUGUCUUCAGUCUGUGUGGGGAUUUAACUUGCAAAAACGCUGCCUGGCAUGGCGAGGAUAACAUUGCGUAUUCCUGUGAACGCCCACAUGGCAGUGUGUUGACCAGUGAUGAUUCCUCUUCUUCUUGUGCUCAGCUGUUAUCGGCAGUUUCUAAACAAGGAACAGCUGUUUUUCGUUUUCUUUGCUAAGUUCUGACCAAAUGAAAUGCACAACAUUUACGACACCACUCAUCUGGUCUUGCACAGAUUUCCUUUUACAAGUCUUGCUUAGAGUGAACAUGGUCAUAUUCUCUUUACGUCUUUAACCAGUGUUCUACCGAUGGUUGAUAAUCCACAUUCUUUUUGGUGCAUUUCUCAUAAAUCUGUUACUUGUGGUCACCUGUCUGUUCUUGUUCCUUCCCAGCUGAGUCUCCUCUCAUACGUCAUGUUUUCACUCUCUUACGUUACGAAGCCACAAAGACACCUAACUUGUAUUUGUACAGACUCCUCGAUAUUUUAAAAAUCAAGAACCACUUAUGUUUCUAUAGGCUUCCCCAUAAAGGCUUUUGAAAACUCAAGCUGACUGUAUUUUAUUUUGUAUUUUCUAACAUGUAAGAAAAGAAAAAAAAAACCUUAUUUGGAGGUUUUUGCCAGAAUAUGAAAUGCAUAUAACUGAAACAGAAUAAAUAUUAAACAUGUA